AGUUGUCUUUUUUCGAAAACAUAACAUGUUUGCGUGGAGAAAUUUAGUUUCAAGUUGAUCAGUUGUUUAAGCACGCAUGCAAACUGAUGAUCUAAUUUCAACAAGCGGUGAUAAGUUAUCGAACAGGUUAAAUGCAGCUCCCACGCCGAAUAUUCUAGAUGGCUCAGAUAGUAUUCUUUCAAGUCCUUACUGCAAAACUCCUGGGGUUAAACAUAUAACUGAGAUUCCUCAUGAAAACCUAGGGUUGAGGAACAGUAAUGCAAACGUUAUUUCUCUCGCUGAAGCCCUACCAAAGAAAAUUCGUGAACAGAUGGAUAGGCGAGAUGCUGUCAGAAAAAAAACACUGUCGGGGGACUUUUGUACUGAUCGGAAACAAACAGAUUUACACGAGAACAAAUUUGUUUGCAGUGACAUUGCAAAGAAUCCCAGUCAAUCAACAAACAACCAAGAAAAAGGUGAUAUAAACCUUGAGUUAAGCGGCACAUUUGCACAGUCAUCAGUUUCACUGAUUAACUCGCCGCUUCCUAUCUGUUGUCAAAUUACAGGAGUUAAUGUUUUACCUGAAACAGACCCACUGACUCAUACAAUUGCAUCAAAGACACUUUCCUCAGACCUUGAACCAUUCAGAACUCCUUCAAUUAAUCGGCAAACUUCACUUUCAAAUCGUGAAAAUACUUCUAUUUCAAAUAAACCCAGUUUUUCCCGGUGUCCAAGUGAUCAACAUUUUAGCAAAAGUCAGUUUAAGCCUGUUAAUAUAAGUAGUUUAUUUGAAAAUUCCGACUUGGAUUUGUUAAAAAAACCAAAGAGUGAUUUAUCUGCUGUUAAAACGUCCAUCACUAGAAGAAAACAGACGAAAUCUAACCUCAGUAGCAGAGCUCGAACCAAGAUAUCUAACAAUUUACUGAAUAGUGCCGCUGAAGGUCUGCAAGAACUUUCUCAAGAUUCUUCUGAUGAUGAUGAUAAUUUACUUGAUCAUCACUCCCUGGCAUACUUUGACAAACAAAAUUCUAUUUUGAAGUUAAGCGAAAGUAGUGGUAAUAGUAGUAGCACAGACAGCAGUAGACAUACAUAUACUAUGGAAAGUACAAGUGAACUGUUGGAUAGGAACUUGGACCUAAGGCACUCGGAGAAAACCUACGAUUCUGGUGUGUUUAAUAAUGCACCAUCGAAUUCUGGUGGACAUGUUCAUGACUUGGAUGGACAUCCAGUUGGAAAUGGAACAUUCACUCGUCCUCGCCUACCACAUACUGUUAUGCCUAAUACAGAAAUUGGCCUGAGAUUCAACAUUACUAAUGGUUCGGCAAGAGAUAAUAAAUCACAUCGUCCUCUAAAAAUGACAGAAUUAUUAUCAUUCGAAAAAUUGGAUGAUUAUUUAUUUGAUACACAAAAAUUGGUCUCACAAUUGGAACAGAAGAUGGCAAACAACAAAUCUGAGAAGGGAACUUGCCAAGCACAGUGGUCUACUGUAACCAGUAACAUGAAUGGAUCCCCUGAAGAUUAUGAAGUAGCGAAAGCCCUAAAUAAUGCUGAUCAGUUAAUUGGUUCAGCUGUUAAUAAGCGCCUAUCCGCUAUUUUGCAAAGACGACAAGACAGAUCAAAGCCAGACAGCUGUGAUGUAGAAAAACUAAAAAGGGGCGUUAACGGAUCUAAUGAUACUUCUGAACAAAGAAGUACCAGAUCACGUAGAAUCGGUCAGCCUGUUAUGGCUAGUCGACCACAGUCUCAACAGCCAAUACCUCGAUGUGGAAAGAAUUCGUCUUCGCAUCCAUGUGAACAUUCUUCAGUACCACUGAGAAAUGCAUCCGAAACACGACGUAAUUACCCAAAUAGACUAUCGCAUAUUUCAUGUAAUCCUCCAGUGUCAAUGGACAAGUCCAUGAAGCAAUUCAUUUCCCAAAAAACAGUCAGCAAUGGUCGUCCUACUGCUUCUAGUAAUCACCUAACGAUUUCGUCCACACCUGAAAGCUCCAGACAAUCAGGUUCAGAUUCAGUUAGAAAUAAUAAAGUGCUAGCUGCGCUUAGCUGGCAGCGUCGGAAAGCCUAUGAUCCUAGACAAUUUAUCAAUAAAUCAAGUGAACAUUCAGCAGCUCGUUCACAGAGUCGUCCACCAAAAGAUGACAAUAUAAUGAGUAUAUCCACGGACAGCAAUUCUAAAAGCUGUGUAACUAGCCGGUCUAUCCAUCCAACACAUAAACUAACUGUUAUUACGCGCCGAACUGCACCAGUAGAUACAGCUGAUUGCAUAGCAGCAAUGGAAGUUGUCAAACAAAUAAAAAUGAUGAACGGUCCACAAGAUAUGUUAUCUGUAUACAGUAAAAAAACCAACAAAUCUAUAGUUGGUUCGUGUCGUCGAGGACUGGUAAACCAACAGAAUCAAGAUGUCAGAGAAACUGAGUCUAAACAUAUGACUGCUUCCGUCAGAAAGUCCAGCACAUGUGAAUCACGCGUGAAGACAAGGCAAACGAAUAAAAAUAAUUCUAUUCCCGACGAUCCCAUGCACCACAAAGAUCACAGUGUAUUUCUGAACAUAAAUGAAAAUAAAACUGGACAAAGAUCAUUCCCAUCGGUUGUCACUGCACGUCUACCCACAGAUCGACAUUUUCGUAAUGGUAAUAUCACGGUUCAGAAUGCAACUCAAUCUUGCGCUGACGAAUCUAGUUCUCCUUGCUCGUUGAAUACACUAAAAUUCAACUCCACUGGAAUAACCAAUAAAAUAUUUACUCAAGAAACCAAUAAAGGUGAAAUGAAUUAUCCAGAUAUUGCAGUUGAAUCACUCAAAUAUAAAAUAGAGAAACUGACCAACUUUAUUGUUCGCCUUCGAAAACGAAUAGAACGUGAUUAUGCGGAACAUGGCACAUGCUCACCAGGUGAUGACGUAUUUGGAGACGAAGCUGUAGGUGCUGUUGUUGCAGGUAGACCAACUGGAAUGCAUCCAGUUGUGGCAACAUGUCUUCAGAAUCUGCGUAUCCUUGAAGUAAAUGCACAAGGUAAGUUGAGUAGUUGUUCAAAACGUAGUUUUGAUGAUUAAAGAAGUUUGUUACCUGAAUAUGUUUAUACAAACCGCUUGCAGUUUACAUAUUUUUAUUUUAUUUCAGUUGUACUACUUAGUAAAAAAUGGAGGUCGGAAAUGUUUCGCGAAUCUUUUAACGUCGAAACUUCAUCUAUGAUUACUCAUUAUUCUGGAAUGGAUCCUACAAAAUAAUAAUUGCUUUGUGUCUACAGUUUGCGAAACAUAUAUGUGUUUGAUAUAGAAUUUGGAAAAUUAUUUCGACUACUGAUAGCGGUCACAGAAGUAUGAGUAUUUAUUUUACCGUGAAGGUAUGGAAUGUGUUUUCAAAAGAUCGGUAAUCACCUACAGUAAUAACGAGAUAACCAAUAAGACAAAUCAGAGGUUCAUUUUUCAGAGUCAAAGUUGCUUCAUCUUUCACUCUACUAACAUGAAAUAAAGUCGUUGAAGAUUAAAGUUCUAAACGCAAUUUCACCUUCUCUCUCAAAAAUGAAGCUUUUGAGACACUACUCUUAACCGUCUGAAUCACUAGAUCAGUGUUUGCAUUUUUGGUUACAAAGAUUCUUUGUUGUCAUGAAAUCGUGAAUUUCAUAAGACUACAGCUUUAGUUUACAUUAAUCUACAGUGGGCUGUUAGACCUUGAGGAUAACUAUGAGGAACGCAAGGAAACUGCGGGUUCUUAGGAAAAUGUUAAAAACUGAAGCCAUAUAUAAUCAGUUUAAUUCUUACUUUUGUGCAUCUGCAAGAAUAAGCUUCUCGCGUUCACCAGAACCUACUGACUGAAAAUCUUGAGCUGUGGAAUCUACACGUGCCUUCAGCAUAAAUAUCCGUAACUCAAGUUUUUAGGCUUUGAAUUCAUAUACUUUGAGUGAAGUGGUCAACAUAAGUGCUUUGCAAAUGCAGUCUAAAAGUGGAUUUGACAAGUACUAGUCAAGUAAAUUUUCUAAUCUAUUUGUGUUUGAAUCUCUUUCUUCAGUGAAUCCAACUAGUGUAUCUGCACGCAAGUUAUUUUUUUACCUUUCUUCCAGUCCGAUAACAACCUCAUCUGAUGCAUUUGUACACUUUUAUCCCCUUUUUUAGAAAUAUUUAGUUUGUUAUACCCAAAUGAAGUUGACUUCUGGGAACCAGCAAGAGUAUGUUUAGCAGAAGGUAAAGGUGAUGAAAGGCUAUUUAACGAUGCACGAAGUCAGAUUACUGAACAUUUAUCUACUUCAAUUGAGUGCUCUACAAAAGUCAAUCAAAAUACAUGUAAUAAUCAUAGGAAACUUCCUAGCCCAUUAGACUCCCCUCCUGGUUUAUCAAACAAUACCAAAGAGUCGGACAUGUUUGGUGUAGCAGAUUUAAUAUAGAGUUGCUUGUCAACUACUUAUUCUUGUUUUGUCUAUUUCAAUAUCGACAGUGUUGAUUUGUCUUUACAAAAACUCUCAUUCCAGUGUCGUGUGUAUUGCUGGUCUUCUAAUCUAUUAAUGUGGUUAGAUUCAAUAACCUUGAUUGUUAAUUUCAUGGUAAAAAAAAGCCUUCUUUAUGAUUGAAAUUAACCUGAAAAAUAGCUAUUCAAUCAUUUUGUAAAUGAAAGACUUCUUUUUUUCGCUAAAAUUAACUUUAACUUAGAUCACUUUUCAGUCUGUUUGGUUGUAUGGUUACCACCUUCACAGCUAAUCAGAAAAAGGAAAAAUAAAAACUACAUAAAGGUUCAUAUUAACUACUGAGAAAAAAGAUUCUAUCUUCUAGGAUUUAUAUAACGUCAUUUGAUAAUGUUUUGCGUUGAAAUGUGUACAUAAUAGAUAAUUAGUUGUAAUUGUUCCUUGCUGCUGUAAACAUUUGGUGUACAAUUUGAUUUUUCAGUAUAUUCGCAUUAUUGU